AUGUCCGAAAUCAUCAUCGCCUUUGAUCUGUACGGCACUCUGCUGUCGACGAACUCGAUUGCCCAGGCACUCGAGAAGCACUUUGGGCAUGAUAAGGCGCAGACCAUCUCCGCGCUGUGGAGACGGUACCAGCUAGAGUAUACGUGGAGACUGAAUAGCAUGGGUAGGCAACGAUGCGCUCCCAUUCCAAGCAGCAUCACGCUGACCGUAUCAGAACGCUACGUCGACUUUGACCAAGUCACUCGUAACUCGCUACAGCACGCCCUGUCCGAGCACAACGAAAAACUCAGCGACAACGACACAGACCAGCUCCUAGAAGCCUACGACCACCUGUCUACAUUCUCCGACGUGAACCCAGCCCUCAACCGCGUGGGCGCCGAACCCACCCUCAAAGCCGUGAUCUUCUCUAACGGAACCAAGACCAUGGUGGCCAACUCGGUGCUGCGCUCCAAGGAUCUUGCUCCGCACGCCAGCGUGUUCUCGGAUAUCGUAACCGUCGACCACUUCCAGCAGUACAAGCCCGCGCGAGCGAGCUACCAGCACCUAGCAGACCAGGUCGGGAAGGACCCCAAGGAGCUGUGGCUCGUCAGCGGCAAUCCAUUCGACAUCGUCGGCGCGCGCAACAUGGGCAUGAACGCCAUCUGGGUGGAUCGCGCCUGUGCCGGGUGGAAAGAUGCUGCGGUCCCGGCGCUCAGACCGACAUGUAUUGUGCAUAGUCUAGAGCAUGUGGUGGGGGCGGUUCUGGGGAAAUGA